AUGGAACCUUGGAGAUUAUUGCCAGUUGCAGGUGAAAAUUGCUCAACUUCUCAGGAGGAGCUUCUGGCUGAUAAGCCAGUGGAAGAAUUGGAAUCUCUUGAAAAUGAAGACGAUAUUCCAGUUGAUGAAGAGACUUCAGAAAAGGCAAAUCAGGCCAAGUUACUGAAAAAUCUGAUGACAGUUUUGAAAGUCAGAGCCAAAGAAGGAAAUAUUAAAGCUCAUUUUCUUUUAGGACAACUUUACUUUGAGCAAGAACUCUACAAGGAAGCAAAGGAAUACUUUGAGAAAGUAGAGAACCAUGAUUUGCAGGGACUUUACCAAUUGGGUGUCAUGUAUUAUGAUGGCUUAGGAAUAACACCUCACCCUAUAUUUUUUUCGCAACAUAAGAAUAAAGGAUUUAAAUGUCUGAUUAAAGUUGCCAGUAGCAAAUCCAAUGUGCACAAACAUUUGAUUCAUGUUGCACAGUACUGCAUUGGGUUAGCAUAUUUUCAAGGUUUUGGCAUUCAACAGUCAUAUGAAGAUGCAGAAAGAUGGUGGCUCCUGGCAGCAGACAAUGGUCACCCCCAGGCUUGUGUGAAGGCCCAGUCAAUGUUGGGAAUGUUUUAUUCUGUACCUGACUACCAGAAUUUCGAGCGGGCCUUUUUCUGGCACACCGAAGCUUGUGGCAACGGUAACCUCGAAUCACAAGGAGCUCUUGGAGUGAUGUACAAAUUUGGCAUUGGGGUGCAUAAAAACAAAGAAUCUGCCUUUAUUUGCCUAAAAGAAGCUGCUAAUCGAGGGAAUGUCUAUGCAAUGGGAAUUCUUGUCUGUCAUUAUUAUGACUGCAAAAUGUUUACAAAUGCUGUCCACUUAGGAUCCAAGGUAAAUGAAAUCACUGAUUUUGAGAAAGUGGCCCAGGACACAGAUUGUCUGUAUCGAUUCAUUCUAAAGGGCGUGUCAGUGGCUAUCUUUUACCUGGGAAGGUGUUUCGAACGUGGAGCUGGAAUAAGAAAAAGCCUCGAAAAUGCACAAAAAUGUUAUCUAAAGAGCUUCAAUGUUGAACCCCAAAUAUACUGUGAUCUUGUCUACCGAAAACAUCAUUUGAAUUUAUGA